AGAUUGGCGAAAAAUGGAUUAUCCGGUGAACUAUAAUUCUCAACUGAGAAAAUUUACUUAGAGAGAUGUCAUUAUGAGAGCCUCGUCAAUCAUUGGAGUAGGCAAAACAUAUCGUGGGGCUCUCUCGAGAACUUUGGUCCUUGUGUUUUUAGCGACAUUUUUAUGGCUUCAAAUUCACGUCAUCAAUCUCACAACUCGCGAUUGGUCCAGUCAAACAUCAUCAAAUGAAACUCUUUAUUCACUAGUACCACAAGAAUUACACAGAUUUUUAAAAGAAAGACAAAACAACACAACAACAAUAACAAAUUUAACAUCAGGAAUUUUAACUAAAAUUGAAAUAAACGAAAUACGUCGCAAUAUUGAGAAAAUAAAUGCCGAACAAAAAGUAAUAAAUGAUGAUGCUUUUGGUCCAUUGGCAUCGGAUGCACCUGUAAUUGUUGUUCAAGUUCAUACAAGAUUGACAUAUUUGAGACAUUUAAUUGUAUCGCUUGCACAGGCAAAAGAUAUUGAACAAACAUUAAUUGUGUUUAGUCAUGAUGUUUGGAAUCCGGAUAUUAAUUAUCUUGUGCAAAGUGUUGAUUUUUGUCGUGUGAUGCAAAUAUUUUAUCCGCACAGUAUACAAACGCAUCCACGCACAUUUCCUGGUGAAGAUCCACACGAUUGUCCAAGGAACAUAAGAAAAGAGCAAGCAUUAUUGUUAAAAUGUACAAACGCCCAGCAUCCAGAUUUGUAUGGUCAUUACAGAGAAGCAAAAUUUACACAAACAAAACAUCAUUGGUGGUGGAAGGCAAAUCGUGUUUUUGAUCAAUUGGAAGUGAUGAAAAAUCAUACGGGAAUGGUUCUUUUUCUCGAGGAGGAUCACUAUGUUGCUGAAGAUUUUCUUCAUGUUUUGAAAUUAAUGGAACGCACCAGUAAACAUAGUUGUGAACGUUGUAAUGUUCUUUCAUUAGGCACAUAUCUGAAAACCUACAAUUACUACGCGGACUUUAGUCGUAAACAUCUGGGUAUCAAUGCUGCAAUGCAAAAGGAGCUUCUUCGUGGAAUAAAGAAGCGCGAGACACCUUCAAUCAACUUGCCCACUACCUAUCACAACGCACAGUCGGCACUUGCUGCUCCCAACUGGGCUUAUCAUCUUUUGCCCAGUCUCUACAAUCAUUAUCAAAAGGCGGAAGUAACACCAUGGAUAUCAAGUAAACACAAUAUGGGAAUGGCAUUUAAUCGUGUGACAUGGAAUAAGCUGAGAAAAUGUGCUAGUCAAUUUUGUUCGUACGAUGAUUAUAAUUGGGAUUGGAGUCUUCAACAUGUGGCUCAAAGCUGUCUUCCACCGAGUAAAGGCGCUGGCACUAUUCCUAGGGUUGAAUCCGGCUUAAUUGCUAUGAUGAUGCGAGCUCCUCGUGUCUUUCACAUUGGCGAAUGUGGAGUUCAUCACAAGAAGACAAAUUGCGAAUCGACAGCAGUGAUAGCAAAAGUUCGUAAUGUUCUUAAGUCUGCUCGAAAUCAUUUAUAUCCAACAAAACUCACAUUGACUGUUGCUGGAGUGGCAAAAAAGACUAAAUUAAAAAAAGGUAAUGGAGGUUGGGGAGAUAUUCGUGAUCAUGAACUAUGUCUGAAUAUCACUUUAAAUACGGAUCUGUUAUUAAAUUAAAAUCAGUGAAUUAUUUAUAAUAUUUAAUUACUUUACGAAUUCUCAAUUUUGAUAUAUUUUUUUUUUAAUAAUUUCUCAUAGAUCUGAAUAAAAAAGAAAAGUUUUGAGCAGGGCUCAAUUUUUUCUUUUUUUUUUUUU